CUAUCAUUGAUUACGUAAAAACACAGGAUCUUGGAACCUAAUCACCAAAAAUUCGGAGUGAUUAAAAACAAAUAAGAAACUGAGGUGUUGCACGUCAUCGGUACAUCAUGCUAAAUUAUGAUGAGGUUACUUUAGUAAAAUGGACCGCACCUUUGUUUAAGACACCUAUUACUGAUGUAUUCUUUCAUGUACGCAAUCUGCAGUGUCUUAAGGAAUGUGCACAUUACGAGCUGCAGUUAAUCGACUGCAUGGAAGCUUAUGGUUAUCACAAGGGCAAGGAAAAGUGUAGACUAAUACUGAGUGAUAUGUACGAAUGCGGUGUAAAAUUCAAGAGAGCACAACGUGUCAUGACGAUGAUGGCAGAGCGUGAUCGUCAGCUUGAGAGUGGUGAAAAGAAAGAAUAUGCUAAGGCUCCACCACUGGAUGUAUAUUAAAUCAUAGCUCUUCUUUGAAAUAUAUAGUUUAUGUAUAAAUAUAUUAAAUACUCUGUAAGAUGAUUACCUAAAUAAAUGGUAAAUA